AAAGAAUGUUAGUACUUUAGAAAUAUCAGUUGCCAUAAAAGUUUAACAACACUUUCUUUUUUAGACUUUUCUCCCAACUCAUAAUGAACGGUUCAGGUUCCCUGUUCUCUAACAGCAGCCCAGCCAACCUCAGCACGUCGGAGUCCUGCGCCGUGCACCCUCAGAAUGUCUCCAUCGCCGUGCUCCUCUGUCUGGUCUUCAUGGUGGGUUUCUUCCUUAACUGCUUCAGCCUUUGGGUGUUCUGUUUCAUGAUGCCCAAAUGGAAUUCCGGAACCCUUCUCCAGUUCCAUUUGAUUUUGAGUGAUGUCAUCAUCUCCCUUACCACACCUUUCAUGGUGGCUUACUUUGCUCUUGGCAGCAACUGGCCAUUUGGGAGUUUUCUGUGCCGACUGAAGAUCGCCCUGCUGUUGAUCCACUUGUACGGCAGCAUCAUGUUUCUCACCCUGAUCAGUGUUCAUAGGUAUUUUAUUGUUGUCCACUUCAAGCGGAGCUUCUGGAUGAAGAAGAAGAAAUUCGUAGAGGCUUUGUGUGCUGGAGUGUGGUUGCUGAUGCUGGCUGAAGGCAUUGCUUGUUUUGUGCUUUUUGACACAAGUCAAGUGGGCAACCACACACAGUGUCUUAGUAUCCACCAGGGACAAUACAUAAGCCAUUAUUUCAUCAUCAACUUUAUUUUACUCAUCAUCGGAUUCAUCUUGCCAUUUUCAGUGUCUGUAGGGUGCUAUAGUCAACUUGCAAGGUCUGUGUCCCGGAUCAACUGCAACACUAGAAAAGGUCGUUUAAUUAAAAGCAAGUCCAACAAAAUGGUCGCUGUUUGUCUUAUUAUAUUUGUUGUCUGCUUCUUGCCAUUGAACAUUAUAAGAACUAUGGCUGUUACAGUCAAGAUGUUCUUCCCCAAACAAUGUGAUGUGCUCCUGCAAGUGGAGACUGCAUACUAUGUGUCGUGGAUCAUUGCUGGAGCUAACAGCUGUUUUGAUCCACUGAUCUAUUGCUUUGGCUCACAGAACUUUAGCAACGCCAUUCGCAGCUCACUCAGGAAAAUUGGAAUCAGAGUUCACGCAGUUCCGCUCGCGAAUGACCAAGAUGAUAAGACACUUGAUGAUCAGACAAUAGAUCCCUCUGCAGCAGACAUGAACAAGGAGAACAUAUCAACUUCCUGCCUGUGAGCAUUGUACACAAAAAUGGCAAAUCAGUGACUGUCACCUAAGAGUAAUUAGGAUGGCUGUGCUCACUCAGCUUUGUGUUUUAAUAUGCCUGUGUGUGUGCGUGUGUGUUUGUCAGUGUGUUUCAACUGCCAACUAAAUGAAUAGAUAAAUCUAUUAUUAUUACCUCUUUAAAUUCAUUUUGUAGGUGCUUCUUUCAUAUGUUUGUGACAUCAGAUGCAAAAAUGUUCCCACCCUGAGAGUAGCUCCUAUGAACAAAUGUGAGAGGAAAGAUGUUCAAAAUGUGAGAAGCUUUUAGCCUAUACUUUGGUUCUGUGUCAUGUUCUCUUAGAUAGUUUGUGGUUGGUGGUUUCAGGCUGCGCAAACAUACACCACUAUAUCUAUAUCUGUCUGCCUCAUUCGCUUGCUAUGACUCAUGAGUCUUUCAUCUAGCCUACUGCAGAUCUAACUAUACAGACCAUCUUCCAUUCUUUACACACCUCUGUCUGCUCUUACUUUUUGACUUCCGUCUACUUUGUCAGUCUUUCUCUGCAACCAUUGAAUUGCUUACAUUUAUUACAUUUAUUUUUUGCAAAGCAUGCACUGGUAUUUCCUUCAGGAAUCUAGUUGUUGUUUGCACUACCACACCCACUUGCAGGUUAUGUAUAUUGUUUGUCUUAUAUAAUUAGUAUAUUGCGUGUCUAUUGUAAAUAAUAUGUACAUUCUUUGUGUAUUGUCUGUAUUGUAUUGUCACCAACAGCCAGAACCAAAUUCCUUGUGUGUGUUAAUACUUGGCCAAUAAAUCUGAUUUAUGUUUUGUG